AGGAAGUGGAGGAGAAGGAGGAAACUUCAGAGCAGUUUACAAAGUUGCAUUUUACGGAUGAUUCCUCCUCCCAGGUUCCCAAAUUGAAGGACAAGAAGAAAUAGAGCAGGAGGGAGGGGAAAGGGUGAGAUAAGGGAUAUUCGGAAUGCUGGAGCGCAAGGACACUGGUCAGGAGAUGAUUCCCCUGGCCCAGAGCACUGGGCGUUCAGUUGUGAAUCUUCAGUGAUGGGCAUCGGAUGAGUUGCACAGUGCCCUUUCUCCGAGCCAUCUUUUUUUUUUUUUCUGAAGCUUUGCCUGGUCCCCAGCCAUGCCCAGCCAACAGAAGAAGGUCCUCUUUUGCACUGCUGGUCUCCUGAGCUUUGCCUGCUCCUUUGGAGUCAUAACAGCCUUGGGGACGCAGCUGUGGGUCAAAGCCAAAAUCCUCUGCAAGACCGGAGCCCUGCUCGUCAAUGCUUCUGGCCAAGAGCUUGAGAAGUUUACUGGGGAGCUCCAGUAUGGACUUUUUUAUGGGGAAGGGGUGAGACAAUGCGGCUUGGGAGCGAGACCUUUCCGCUUCUCAUUUUUUCCAGAUUUGGUCAAAGUCAUCCCAGUGAGCAUCCAUGUGAAUAUCAUUCUCUUCUCAACAAUCCUUAUUGUGUUGACAAUGGCAGGCACGGCCUUUUUCAUGUACAAUGCUUUUGGCAAGCCCUAUGAAACAAUUCUUGGUCCACUUGGAUUGUAUCUCUGGAGCUUCAUUUCAUGCUCCUGUGGUUGUCUUGUUAUGAUACUGUUCGCCUCUGAAGUAAAGAUGCACCAUCUCUCAGAGAAAAUUGCAAAUUAUAAGGAAGGGACUUUCAUUUACAAAACUCACAGUGAAAAAUACACCACUUCCUUCUGGAUCAUUUUCAUGUGUUUCUCUGUGCACAUUCUGAAUGGGCUUUUAAUCCGGCUUGCUGGGUUUCAGUUCCCUUUUGCAAAAUCUAAAGACUUUGAGACUACUAGUGCAGCAGCAGAUCUAAUGUACUAAAAGCUGAAUUUUUUUUUAUCAUUGCCCACAUAAGGAAGGAGGUGUCCUCGGCUCCUGGCAGUUCUGCACAAAAAUUAGAUCUAAAUAGUUUCAAAUUAAGAAAAUACAUAUUGACUGGGGACUUUGGGGGCAAAUGGAUAUUUUCCACACUAGCAAGGGAAGAAAAUAAAGGUGGCAGAAGGAAGAAUAUGGAAUGGGGAAAGGGAUGCUUUAAACAGCAGGAAGCCAUUUUCCCCCCAGGUAUUCAAAGGAAAUUGUGAACUAAAAUAGGUAAAAAGAUGCUCUCUGCAUAAAUCAAAGGUUGAUGAAAAGUCUCUUUUGCCAUGAGGGAGUCAGAAGAUGUCUGCUUUGGGAAGACACAUGCCGAUCACAAAGUUGAUUUUUGAUCAAGGCAAUCUUUAUGGAUGUAUCAGCAAUCAGAGCAGGAAGUGAGAAUCUUUUUUAAAAGAUAGUCAUGCAGUAAAUAAGCAGUUUUUAUGUUUGGGUGGGGGUAGGGAAUAUAUCAACAGAUUUGACAAAAUUUGUCUUGAUUGCAGCUAAUUCAGUUAUCCUGUUUUCUGGUUUGGAGCCUUCACACCCUGAAAAAGACCAGAAGGAAGAAACCGAGGUUCUCCAAGAAGCCAAGAUAUAGAAAAAGGAUGUUCUUUGUAUAAAUCAAAGGCUGAUGAAAAUCUCUUUUUAAACCAAUGGAUGGUUUUUGGGGUUCCUGAUUUAUCUUCUAAAACUGACUUGCGUUGGAAUUGAAGAGGCUCAGAGUCAGAAGGGAGGCUGUCUCAUGCCAGAACAAGAAAGCCCCUCUGCCAUAUCCAGAACAAAUGGCCGUCCACUCUCUACUUGAAGACCUCCCAAGAGGAGAAGCCCAUGGGAUUCCGAGGUGGCUGAUUACACUUUUGGAUUGCUCUGUUGGGAAGUAUUUUUGCUUCUUUUUCCCAGACAGCAAGACUAAAUCUAAAUUACAAUUUCCACCCACUACUUCUCAUUCAGCCCCCUGGGGCCAAGCAGAUCAAGUCUAUUAUUCUGUGUUCUACCACAUGCUAGCCCUGAAAUGGACUUUAGAAAUCAUUUAAUCCAAGCUCCUAAUUUUUCAGAUGAAAAACUAAAGGUGAGGGAGAUAAACUGACUGAAGAGAAUAAUAAAGUCUAGAUCUGGAAGAGACCUCAGAGACUAAACUAGCUCUUCCAUUUUUACAAAUCAGAAAUCCAGACUCAGGAAGCCCAAAUCACUUGCCCAAGCAUCGGCAGCAGGACUUGAACCUAGAUUGGUUUAUGAGAAAGCCAGUGUAUUUUUUCACAGCACCUUAGGGAGAAUGAUUUGUCAGGGACCAUUUCAAAGUACUGAAUGCUAUCAUAUACCAUAGACCCCUCUGAUUGUCAAAUGAUAAUUGUUAAAUUCUGAAAUUAUACUGCCGCUAUGUUUUGUAGACUUCUCUUUCAUCUAAAAAUCUUAUAAUAAAAACAAACUAAGAUGUU